AUGAUUAAUAUUCUGGACGUAGAAGUUUGUCAAAAAAAUGACAGCACAUUGUCAACAAAUGAAAUUGAAGAAUUAGUAAAACAAGAAUUAGAAAAAUUAGAGAGCGUUGAAGUUGAUUUUGUAAUAUCUGUUGAUAAUUGGUCAAAUGAACUAAUUAAAGAGCAUGUCGAGUCAAUAAUCUGUUCCUGUUUUGGUAAAAAGCUAGAAACAAUCAAUAAAAUUGAUUACUCAUCGAUGAGAUUUUUCGUUUAUCGUUUGACUGAAGAAGAUGCUGCUACUGAAACAAUGCAAAAUGAUUCUGAAGAGUUGGCUGUCUCGUCUCACUGGAUUUUGCCUUGUAGAGAUUUUUACGGACUGUGGGAGAAUUUGUGCUAUGAUUCAGACAUCAAAGAAAAGCUUUUGAAAUACGUCGAAACAACGAUGAUGUUUGCAGAUAAAAACGUCAAUCACAAUAUUAUUACUUGGAACAAAGUAGUAUUAUUGCAUGGACCACCUGGAACUGGAAAGACGAGUCUCUGUAAAGCAUUAGCACAAAAAGCAGCAAUAAGACUUAAUCAAAAAUUUACACGUGGAGAAUUAGUUGAAAUAAACAGUCAUAGUUUAUUUUCCAAAUGGUUUUCAGAGAGCGGUAAAUUGGUAAUGAAACUUUUCACCGAGAUCAAAAUACUCCUGGAAGAUCCACAAUCAUUAGUUUGUAUUUUAAUCGAUGAAGUUGAAUCACUAGCACAUGCUCGUAAAGCUUGUAUCAAUGGUACAGAGCCUAGUGACUCAAUACGAGUUGUAAAUUCAUUGCUAACUCAGCUGGAUCAGAUAAAACGAUACAAGAACGUACUUAUCAUGACAACUAGUAAUGUAACAGAAGCUAUUGAUUUGGCUUUUGUUGAUCGAGCUGAUAUUAAACAAUAUAUUGGUCACCCUGGAGAAGAUGCUAUAGCAAUGAUUUAUUAUACGUGCCUAAAAGAAUUAGAAAGGACCGGUCUUUUAAAGGAUGAUGGAAGUCAGGAUAGAUCGGUAGACGUUGAGCCAUACUUGAAAUCAGAUCUGGUGCCUACGAGUGUUGGUUUGAGUGGCAGAACGCUUAGAAAAAUCCCAUUUCUAGCUCACGCAUUGCACCUAAAUGGAAUCGAUCAAUGUACAACAUCAGUAUUUUUACAUGCCAUGGUAAAAGCGGUAAAAAAUUGCAAAACCGAAAUGCUAGACCUAUCAGACAAUGAACUGUCGCUAAACAGUCACCAAAAAAAAACAAAUCGGCAGAAGAGUGUAAUCUACCGUCCGGAGCUUAAAGUUUUUCUCUCAGUAUCUCUCAAAAGUCUAGUCUAG